UGGUCAUCUGCCUUGUCUUGGCUUGGACUGGUUUCCUAUGAGAUCAACGGCACAUUCUGAACCCGCUGACGCGCGGAAGUCAUUGCGACUUCUGUCCUUUGGACGUCCAAUAUCUCUAUUCCCACUGGCCCAUCGUACUUCGUGUCCAGAGACGUAGGCAUCCAUCACAAUGGCCUCCAAUUGGCCCUCCCGAGAUCGUUCUCGGCGGCGCCCCGGGGAUUACCCACCCUCUUCCGGGCUUCACCGAUCCGUGCUAUGCUUUGCUGCGCGUCAAGCAUUUUGUGCCUUCUUCCUUUUACCAACAUCCCGGUCUUGAAGGUAGUCUUGCCAACCGCCUCAGCUCGUCGCUGCCCCCCUGCCAACUCCCGUCCCCGUCUACUCUGCGGCUGCUGCGUUGCCGUUGCCACACCCCCCAGUCGUACCUUGACCCGGUGUCGUGGACUCCUCGCACUCCCUUCCCGUAGUCUGCCGCCCCUCUGGCGGGUACAGCUUGAUGGGGCCCAUGGAGUAGGGAGAUGGGGGUGUUCCGCCCCGUCUGUGCUUAGACUUGGGAAUCUUAUUCUGCACAUUCCUUGAUGGCGGCUUGCAUAGUCCUGCGUCACGACGCGGAAGCCAUGGGCGACUGACCGCGUCUUGGGUUGCUUUCGAAUCUGCCCUACUCGUUACGUGAGGCUGUCUAGGAUCCCCCCGUUGAAAGUGGGUGCUCUCAACUUUUGGUACGAACGCUUACCGUGUCCAAGGUAACAUGGCUUGUUCUGAUGUGUGGCCUGGAAAUUCUGGGUUUCGAUAUAAGAGUGAGGCUUCUUCCCUAGCUUGGUGGCGAUGCUGUUAGUACAGACAGGCAAUAUCACAUAGACUUACACUUACACCCUGUUCACAAUACUGCCAUUACCUCCCCCACAAGCCUUUGUUACUCCACACCCGCUUUCCCUUCAGACAUUUCCUUGAUCUAUACCAAGUCAGUGUUAAGACCAAUCACGCAAGGGAACAUAUUAUACAACACAAGUACAACUGAGCUGUAAGUGUAGGAUGUCAAAGUUGUUGGCGGACUCUUCUGACGAACCAAGUAAUCGUUUCAGCCUCGUAUUGCUGUGGAAUAGAGCCACUUAGCUCAGAAACGUACUUCUCAGCAAGGGGUCUAAGAGACACUACCGCAACAGUUGGCAUCCUCUCUCGGCCAAGUGAGACCACAGCUCUCUCAGGAGCCACCACUUGACCGCAGAACAAACACCACACUUACUAGUCUGAAACCCGGGAAACAACCGCAACAUGUCAUCCAAGGCUUCAAAAUCAUCAGAACAAAGCUCCAAGAAGCACCACUCCUCAAAAUCAAAGUCAAAGUCAAAGAACGACGACUGGGCAGAAAUCACAGACCCCGAGGAGCGCCGCCGCAUCCAAAACCGGCUGGCUCAACGCAAAUUCAGGAAGAAGAACCAAGACAGCAAGGAAAAGGCCGACCGUGACGCAGAAAACGAGACCAACGCCAAGAACACGUACGAAAUCGCCUCGGGCUCCUCCGAUCCUAGCGGUGCCGGCGCCGGCGGCGCGGAAGAGGGAGCCGAGUCCGGUCUUCCCUGGGGCAGCAUCAACAUGAACCACGUCAUCACCCGCGGCCACGAGCACGAGAGCCGCCGGGGCAGCGGCCGCGACGACUACGUCAGAGAGGACCCGUAUUACAUGACCAACUACGGCAACGGCUAUACGGAGGCGUACCAGCCGGCGGCGCCAGCGAGUUACGGGAGCAGUGGUGGGGAGGACUACUACUACGGAGGCGACUCGCCGUAUUAUUUGGACUACGAUCAGGGCGGGGACGUGAAUCAGGGGCAUCACAGGCGGUAA